CGGCUGUGACGCCGACGGACGAGUGGCUGGAGCAGGAGGUGGCCGCCGGCUUCCGCGUCUGGCAGAUCAUCUUCAUGGCCAUCGCGGGAGUCCUGGCGUGCGUGGUGAUGCUGUGCUGCUGCAUCCGGUUUCGGAUCCCGCGCACCAAGCAGGAGAUCGAGGCGGACUACGUGCGGAAGAAGCUCACCCGCGAGUUCCAGAAGAAGUUGCACAUCAUCCACAACACCGAGAUGGACAACAUGGAUCUCAGACGCGCGCUGGAACGGGUGCAGGCAGAGUGCCGCUCCGAGUGUGACAGUCCCGCCUCUUGCAGCUCUGGCCGCAGCCCGCCGCCGCCUCCCUCCGAAGGACUCGGCCGCAGGCGCAGGAGCGUCGAUACGGGCGCAUCCGGCUCCGACUACCCACAACAGAAUUCCUGAGUCAUCGCAGUCAUGCAGACCGGCAACGACUCGACAACACGCGUGUUUCCAGUCCUCACUGUACAUAUGUGUAUAUAAAUGUUUUUGUAUUACACUUCCUUAUAAACUCCGAUAAGCACUAUUGGAGGAACAAUCACUACAUACUGUGCCAUCCUCAGAUUCUCCAAGGUAUGUGGUUAUAAAUUAAAACUGAACAGUGAAGCCAUGUAUCUUUACAGUAUUGGUCAUAAUGGAAAAGUGAUGUUCGUAGCUGUCAAAAGAGCAAUUACGUUGCAGCUGAGCGUAUCAGUCAUUGCAAGUUCCUAUGCCUGCUCAUCGUCCAAAAAACACAGAAUUUUCCUACAGAUUAUGUUCUGUCCAACACAGUUAUCUUGUACUGGCGAUUUAAUAGACUGCUGUCAACGACAGCAGGCUAUUUACAUGACUGAUUUCGGCAUAUUAAUUUAAACUUCUCAGACGUUUUUUCGCAGAAGAUUUUUCUGUAAAUUGCUACAGUUUCGCACUAUCAUGUAAACACAAAACUUUGGUACACUAACUUACACGUCUACAUUAAAAUUUGCAUUGUGUCAAAUUAUAUUUCAUUACAAUGUACUCACGUAUAAACUUCAUAAUUAUUGACACACAAACGAACUCUGAA